CGGAGAGAAUAUCAAUAUCUGUACGGACUACCCACAGCACAGCACAACACUGAAGGAUGGAGGCUGUGGAGGACGUGAAGGUUGAGGCGCUGACGGCCGCCUCGCAAUUCGUGAAACCCUUGAGGAUGCACUACCGGCAGGACAAGAAGGACAAGAUCUGGGACUUGGUGAGCCUGCAUGACAGUGUGAGUGUCAUCCUCUUCAACACAGACCGUCAGGUGUUGGUCUUGGUCAGGCAGUUCAGGCCAGCCGUGUACUACAACAGUGUUCCUGAAGAAGGGCGCCAGGCAUCAGGACACGUGGACACCUCAAAGUACCCAGGCUGCAGCGGCAUCACCCUGGAGCUGUGUGCUGGCAUUGUGGACAAGAAGGUGUCCCUGGAGGAGAUGGCACAGCUGGAAGCACUGGAGGAGUGUGGCUAUGAUGUCCCGCUGAAGAACUUUGAACAUGUCAAGACAUUCAGGUCGGGAGUAGGAGUGUCAGGUGACCGGCAGACCAUGUUCUAUGCUGAGGUGACGGACAAAAUGAAGGUUACAGAAGGAGGUGGUUUAGAGGCAGAAGGGGAAUUGAUAGAGGUGGUGGAGAUGGGAUUGCAAGAAGUGAAGGAGCUGAUGGCCAAGCCUGAGAUCACAGCCCCUGUUGGAUUGCUCUUUGCUCUCACUUGGUUCCUGCAACACAAGGCCCCAUCAAAUACUACCACCACUGCCACCUAGUCCACCAGCAGUGCCACCCAGCCUACCAUUACUCACCCAGCCCACCAGCACUCACCAAACCAUCUACCCGUGCCACCUAGUCCUCCUCCACCACCACCAUCACCUAGUCCACCAUUACUGCCACCUUCCUGAUACUUUAUUACCAGCUUUGAGUUAUACUGUUUGUGUUCCUCUUUUUCCUCUUCCACCUGUCUGCCACCAGUUCUUUUACUACCGUGCUUCUCACCACUUUAGUUAUUAUUCCCUUGUCCUUCUUCAUCCUUAAAACCAAACUCUUUUUACUUUUUCUUCAUACUGUAGUUAGCUUUUCUCUACUACAUUAGUUAUUUAUGGGCUGUGUUAUUAAGUCAUACUGUAUAGGUUAGAUAGGCCCACAAGGUUUGUUGCUGUUUGAUAUUUACUUGUAUUCACUUUCCAUUGCAGUUACUUUUAGCAUCAUCACUCCUCUCCUUUACCUCCACACCACUCCAUGUCACCUUCACCACCAGUUCUUCAUAGCUCACUGCAGUAACACUAUACACCAUUGCUCUACCACAAUCAUCACUUCCAUGAACUCACCUCCAAACAAAAUGAAGUUACCAAUAGUACAGUACUGGUAUGCACAAGUUAUGCACCUGUGUAGUGUGGUGGUGGGCAUGCUUGGGUACAGCGAGGGAACAGAAGAGGCAUCCUACAUUAUUAGAUGCAGUUGUAUCAAAAUAUUGUAGUGAAUCAAAAUCUCUCUUCAUUGAUGUGGUCCUAUUACACAUUCUAAUGUGUGAUGUCUCAGAGUUCCUGUAGAGGCAGUCAGCUGGUAAAUGGAUACCUGGGAUGACCAAGGAGAGGCAUACAGGUGCUAUUCAUCACAUAGUCCUGAUUUGUGGAGCAAGAUAGUUUUAUGGUCAGUGGCUAAAGAGCCUUGUGCACUGUCACCAUAAGGGUUACAUGAUCCUGUUUACAGUAAUUCCAGAGUUAUGUAGUGUGUACAUAAAUCUUGUGUUGUGUUAUUUGAUAAAGUGGGCUUCUGGUACAUAAGGAAGUCAUCCAGUUGUGUGAAAAGAAUAGAAGAGUCAUGAAUGGUGCAUUCAUACUAAUAAUGAAUGAAAAUUGUUAUUGUUUCUCGAAGUUUUCAUUUCCUCUACCCUCCCUCCCUCCCUUCAGUGCUUACCUAGAGAAAGGAGGUUUUGCAUACAUGCACUUGGUUAACUCUUGUCCAAGAUUACAAAGCAGGUCUGAAUUACCCUUUACUUUGAGUGCAGUUCAAGAGCACUGGGCCAGAAGUGUUCAGAGUAUCCCUCCUGUGCCUCCAUGGCUGGGUUGGCAGUUAUAAUAAUAAAAAAAAAAAGGGAACAAAAGCCCUAUAGGACCAGGUGUUUAAAAAUACAUGUAAAAAUAACUGUGUAAAUAAAUCAAAAAAUACAAUAUACAAAUACAUAAUAAAAAUAUAAUAGUAACAUAUUAUUAUCUUCAUCAUUGUUGUCAUAAUCAGAUGUCUUGUGAGUGACAAACCCUUAUGAGACUGAACUGUCAGAAAAUGUCUUCAUCGUACUCCUUCCACGUGUAGCCUUGUUUAUAUCUCAUUCAUGCCACACUCCACUCACUGCCUUCCUGACACACCACACACCUCUUGUUCUUUUUCUCUAUUCCACAGUAAAAUAGGUCUCCUUUCUCUAUUCAAAAUCAAAAUAGGCCUCCAUUUUCUGUUCCAAAUUAAAAUAGAUUCCUUUCUCUAUCCCAAAUUAAACUAGGUCUCCAUUCUCUAUCUCAAAUAAGAAAAAGGGCCUACAUUCUCUAUUCCACAUUAAAAUAGGCCUCUUCUCUAUUUCACACUGAUGUAGGCUUUUUUUUUUUCUCUAUUCCAAAUUAAAAUAGUCUUCUUUCAUUUGUUUCUACCUCAAAUCUUACAACUAAAAUAAAUUCCUUCAUGGUUUUAUUUUCCUUUCCCUAGAAUAGAUGAUGCAGAAUCCUUGUUAAACUAUCACUAAAAUAAUCUCCCUUAAAAAUCCCAAUAACUUCUACUAGACCACCAGAGUAUGGCAUACGGCUCUUCAGAAAAAUGAACAGAUAAUUAGCAAUACAAGAUUAAGAUUUAUGGUUGCAACCUAUGUAGAGUUAGGUAUAUAUACACGUACAAGUAACUGUCCCUUAGUUGAAGCGCUGAGAAGCCAAACAAAGUAAAGGUAACAAUCCCAUAUGCACGCCCACUAUCCUUUUCAAUCCUACGUCAUAGGCCCAUUAAAAUACCCUUUCCCUGAGUGCUAUAUAUGCCUCGACAUCUGUCAGUAAUUAAUUAUCCUCGGCAUCAUUUCCCUCUUCUAAAUAUAUAUGCGUACUGUUCCCUGUCAUUUAUUGUUAUUAUUAAUAUUAUUUUUUUCUUUUAUUUGAUCUUAUUAUUUAUUUAUUUAUUUAUGUUAGGUAUGCAACCAAAGUAGAGUUUCCUCCUUUAUUCAGAAGACUACUUUAUUAUUCAAAUUCUUUUACGUAGCUCUCUUAACUGCCUCUAAUAAACAAAUGAAUAAACGAACAAUUAAAUGAACAAAUACAAAAAAAAAAAAAAGUCCCAAAGUGUGUCUUUAUGUUGUACGCAUUUACGUGGCUACAAACCAAGCUACAUUUACGAGCAUUGCAUGUGGAGCGCAAGAAGACAUAUUGUGGCCAUGAUCCCUAUCUAUCUAUAUACCAAGGGUGACACACACACACACACACACAAAGACUAAAUUAAAACCUCAUCAAUCCGAGGGACGUGAGGCAAUGAUAAGAAAUAAUUACUCGUAGGCAUAUAUAUAGUUCUAUACAAAUUGCAAUACUAAAUCUUAAUCUUGAAUUGCUAUUUAUCUAUUCAUUUUUCAGAAGAGCCUUUAUAUAUGGCGAAGUGGCAUUAUAUUUCUAGCAGCAAUAAGUGCAACUCCCUAAGGAUGAUUCCUCAACUGUCUUUUCUCCUUGGAAGUAAUAAAAAAAAGCCUUACUUUCUUUAUUUAUUCCUUCAUUUUUAUUUCCUGACUAAUCAGCACAUUUAGAUCGUAGCUAAUAAGGCACUACGGUUGCAGGGAUAUAUACAACUCCCCUCAAGACAAUCCUUCUGCCUUUCUUAAUUUCCUUCCUUUUUGAAAAAUGUUGAAAGUCUUUGAAUUCUUUUACAUUUUUGACACCGGUGUAUUUAGAGACCAGCCACUAAAGUAAAAUACCGAAAUAGAAACACUAUGUACAAAUCCCUUUAAGAUGAUCCCUGUACUCUCUUUCCACCGUAGUGGGCUUCAAGUAUCCCUCAGUACCUCACAAAGCAUCACUGUGUCCCUCUCUUUCCCGUUUCCUUUCCCUCACUACUGCUUUCCCUCUCCUGCCCAGACCGCCACCCUUGCACCAUUCGUAACAAUCUGGGACCAUAUUCCGAAAAAAAAAAAAACUGCUCCGCACCUCCACUACAUGCAAAAAAAAAAAAAAGAGAAAAAGAGAAAAAAAAAAACUAAUUGAAAUUACACUGAUUUUUAAAGUUGUUUUUACGAUUCUAAUGACAUAUUAAUAAGAUCUUUGCAUUAUAAACCAAAGAAACACCCUUGAGAAACCGACUAAUAAUCUCUGUGGCAUUUGAAAGUAGUCGUGGUGAGAGAGCACAGCGUUUCAGAAUACUGGCCUGGCAUGCUUGUAGCCUCGUGGACGCGCGGUGUAAAAUAAAACGGGUCAUCCACAAAUACAGCAAGGAAAUAUUUUUCUGUCUAGUUCACUUACCCUCGACACGCUUGUGGGGCGAGACAGCCAGUGACUCGCGCUGCUGAAGAGGGAAGAAUGCAGUGUCUGGCCUAAUUCUCGCCUAAAAACUUUACUUCAGCUACUACCAUUGCAAUUUCCGCUGCCCAGAGCCCCAGACUAUCAAGCGACUAAAUAAAUGACUAGACAACUGCACCUGAGACGUGAAAUUAUAAUACUGCAGCAGAUGUCUAAGUAGGCUAACUAUUUGUGUUUACCCGCAUGAAGGCUGUGACCAUCCGUCUGACACCGACAAAAUGAAAGAAAUGUAUUUACUUUCCACACUUCUGUUCGACUCCUUAACUCAUUUCACCCUCAGACUGGUGACUAAAGGUUGUGCAUGUGUAUGUGUCUUCAGCGAAGAGGAAGGACGUUGGGAGAGAAAGGGGAGAGUGAAUAAAAAGGGGGGAGGGGGGCGGGAGGGCGGAGGCUGGCGGCGGAAGGCGACGUGUAACAUUACAAAAAUAAAACAGCCGCGGGAAACAGAGAGCUGGGAUCCUCUUUCCCAGUCUGGUUGAGAGGACGCCAGCAGUUGCCUUUUAUAGCGAGCAGCCAUCUUUCCUCUUAGUAUUAAUAGACUCGUUGGCCAAUUGUCAUCGAUACAUCCGUGGUGGUUUAUAUUAGUCCUACUCUCCGUCUUCGAUACACACACACACACACACACACACACACUCCUUUGUCUUUUUCCUCUUUACGUAUGCAAUACCUCACCUAGUGACUUACCACACCAGUCCACCUACUGGUCAGUGCGAUAUUGCUGAGAAAAAAUUAAGAAAAAACUUACGAAAGGAGUAAAAGCUACUCAAGUUAAGGGAGGAAUUACAUAGUAGUUAGAUUUUUUACGCCAUGGUCGAAUUCCAGUCAUUGAAGCCUCUAACCUUUUUCUCUGUGGCCAUUCAUUAAUCGCGCGUUUGCUUCCACAUACUCAACCCAGCCCUUGCGUUCCUGCCGCCCCUCAAUGACUGGGCAGGCGGUGUGUCAUGCAGGGUGCCAUGCGUGCCUUUAGAGCGUGGUGUGCGUAGCACUGGUGAUAGUGGAGAGUAAGUGUCAGUCAGUUUAUAGAGGAAGAGGAAGAAGGGGAAAGUGAGGGUGGCAACAAGACUGUUGCUUAUAUAGGGAGCUUGUUGCUACUCUUCUGUCGGUGGUGAGAGCGUGCGUUGUGAGCCACAUACGUGAGGGUGCUGGUUGUUAUGGGGGUUAUUAAGGUUGCAGUUACGUAAGGAUUGUUAAUUUAGAGUGGAGGUUUGGUUAGUUUGCAAACUGCUGAUUCUGCUAAGCCUGUUAAUUCUGGUGCUUGUGUGUAUGUUGUGUCUGUAAACUUUGUGCCGAGAUUCCGGCGUAAUGCCUGACACGUGGUGAGGGGCAUGCAUGGCGGGCAUGGCGAGAGGGGAAAGUGGUAUUGGUGGUGGUGGUGUCCUGAGGCGAAGGGAGACAACGGUCAUAGUAAAAGAUUUUAUUGGUGUGUCUUUCACAUGCCAAUCCUGACGGUGUCUCCCUUGGGGGAGAGGCACCGCUGCCUGAUGGUGGCGUAGCAGUUCCGCACGCCGCCGGAAGCCACAGCUGUGCGCACGACGACGGCCCUAUGGCGUCCCUCACGGGCACCACAGCUGCACGUGCGACGACGACCCUGAGACGCCGGCGGUGGCCACAUUCACUGCACGAGUGGCGGUUCACAUAACACUUGUUCACUGUCUGGUCCAAGGUAGUGGGAGCGGCGCGCCCUCCCUGUGGUGGCGGCGGCACACGCGACUUUUUCAACGCCGCUCCCGAGCCGCGUGGCGAUGGAGAUGGUGGUGGGCGGACACGGGGCUGGUGGAGGCCGCCGCGGGGAGGACUAGCAGUGUCGUGGCCCGUAAGAAGUAUGGGUGAAAUGAUAGAUGGAUGGCGCGAGUGAUGAGACGGGAAGAUAGAAAGAGAGCUAGAGGGGGAAGGGGGGGAGCAGGAGCAGCAGCAACAGCAGGAGGUUCCCCUUUGGUGCCUGAGUGCCACAGCCACAGGACGCGAGCAAGAUCUGGCCUGCUGGUGCGCGUCACUACUACUCGCCACCCAUAGUUCCUGCGGGCGUGAGGGUCGGGAUAGGAAGAGGGGGGCACACACACUAUGCGGCGGCCUCCUCCUCGCCCUCCUUGCCGGCACCGGCACACAGCAUGGAGAUGAGGCUGGUGGAGUCGAUCAUGCCGGUGUCCUCAUCGAUGUCCAUCUGCUCGAAGGCGUCAUCCACCUCCUGUGCGGUGAACUUGUCACCGAAGGCCAUCAGCAUGGUCUUGAAGCUCUCGGAGUCGAUCUGGCCGGGCUCCUUCUCGAAGGCGCGGAAAGCGGCAGCCACCACGUCAUCAUCGUCGCUCUCGCCGGAGGAGCGGGAGGCGAACAUGUGCAGGAGGGUGGUGAAGUUGAUGGGUCCAGGGGCGUCAGCAAUCAUCUCGUCGAGGUCGGAGUCGCUGGUGAUGCGGCCGAUCUCGUCGAACACACCACGGAGGUCAUCCUUGCUGAUGAUGCCAUCGCGGUCACGGUCCAUCACCUGGAAGCCCUCCUUGAACUCCGCCACCUGCUUCUGUGUGAACAUAUCGAACACAUUGCUUCCUCCCUUCUUGGCCUUCUUGGAGGAAGAGCGGGAACCCUUAGAGGCAGGCAUGGCGGCGACGGGGGCGGUGGAGGCGACCUGAGCUGUGCGGCACU